AUGGCGGUCAACGGUGGUUUGUUUCACUUGACCUUGGCUCUGCUUCUAAUGGUGACACUGCCUUUGGAAGCUUUGAGAGGAGGUCGAGCUGGUUGGCUUAACCGGUGGGAUCUGUUAAUCAAGACCCCUGUGGAGGACCAUGAAGCGGAAGAGAAAGGCACAAGAUGGGCCGUUCUAGUCGCCGGCUCAUCUGGAUUCGGAAAUUACCGGCAUCAGGCGGAUGUUUGUCAUGCGUAUCAAAUAUUGAAGAGAGGAGGGUUGAAAGAAAAGAACAUAGUUGUGUUCAUGCACGAUGACAUUGCUAUGAAUGAUUUGAACCCGAGGCGCGGUGUUAUAAUCAAUCAUCCAAAAGGUGGUGAUGUAUAUGCCGGUGUGCCUAAGGAUUACACCGGCGAGCAUGUCACCGCUGAGAAUCUAUAUGCUGUACUCCUUGGUGAUAAGAGUGCUGUGAAAGGCGGUAGUGGAAAAGUUGUUGAUAGCAAACCUAAUGACAGGAUCUUUUUGUACUACUCUGAUCAUGGGGGCCCUGGAGUGCUUGGGAUGCCGAAUAUGCCUUUUCUUUAUGCUAAGGAUUUCAUAGAUGUUUUGAAAAAGAAACAUGCAUCUGGCACCUACAAAGAGAUGGUUAUGUAUAUAGAAGCAUGUGAGAGCGGAAGUGUUUUUCAAGGUUUGAUGCCUGAAAAUUUAAACAUUUACGUCACAACAGCAUCAAAUGCAGUAGAGAGUAGCUGGGGAACAUAUUGUCCUGGAAUGGAACCUCCACCACCUCCAGAGUACAUUACUUGCUUAGGGGAUUUGUAUAGUGUUGCAUGGAUGGAAGACAGUGAAACACACAACUUGAAGAAAGAAACAUUAAACCAACAGUACCAGAAGGUCAAGUUGAGAACUUCAAAUUAUAACACUUACAAUGCCGGAUCUCAUGUGAUGGAAUAUGGGAACAAGAGCAUUAAAUUGGAGAAAGUGUAUCAGUAUCAUGGUUUUGAUCCCGCUACGGAGAAUUUCCCUCCAAACAAGUUUCAUUUCGACACACAAAUGGAAGUUAUUAAUCAGAGGGAUGCAGAUAUUCUCUUCCUUUGGCAAAGGUACAAGAAAACAAAAGAUGGCUCAAAAAAGAAGACAGAAAUUCUCAAGGAAAUCACAGAUUCGAUGACGCACAGAAUACACUUGGAUGGAAGCAUGAAUAAGAUUGGCGUAUUUCUGUUUGGACCCGAAAAGGGGCCUGCCAUUCUUAAUUUUGUGAGAGCACAGAGUUUGCCCAUUGUUGAUGAUUGGGGAUGUCUCAAAUCAAUGGUCCGGUUGUUCGAAACCCAUUGUGGAUCAUUGACCCAGUACGGCAUGAAACACAUGCGAGAGUUUGCCAACAUUUGUAACAAUGGGAUCUCGCAGUCAGCUAUGGAGGAAGCUUGUUUGGCUGCAUGUCAUGAGCAUAACUCGGGGUUGUGGAACCCUUCAAGCCGAGGUUAUAGUGCUUGA